GGAACAUAUUUUAUUAUUAUUCUUAAUAAAAUUUCUUUUUAUUAUUGAGAUAUAAUCAUUAAAAACACUAGUUAUAGACUAUUAUUUUGAUCGGAUGAAGGUCUGUCCCCAAUGAUUGUAAACUAGUCGAAUCAAGCCAUCAAGGUUAAAUCACACAUGACCUUGAGAUUUACCAAUCAGAGUCAAAAAGAGAACGUGACAAAAUCUGUUUCCGAGAGUGGAGGGGAAAUAGAUUUUUUAAAAAAAUACUAUCGGUGUAAAUAUCUACAACGUGUUUUUAUGAUCGAACGAUCUACGAUUUUAUACGAAUUUCAAAUAUUGGGGAUUAAAUAAAAAAUUAUGAAAACAAUGGAAACAGACUAUGAGGAACCAGAAAGUCAUAUUGUUCGACAUAAACCUGUUGGUAUUAAAACAUUGUUAAGGAAAACAAGAUUCUCAAGAAAAGAAUUACAAAUUAUGUAUCAAGGAUUUAAACAAGAAUGUCCAGCUGGUACACUUAAUGAAGAUUCAUUUAAAGAUAUCUACUGUAAAUUUUUCCCUCAAGGAGAUGCAACUGUAUACGCUCAGUUAGUAUUCAGAUCAUUUGAUCAAGAUCGUAAUGGGACUUUAACAUUUGAACAAUAUAUUCAAUGUUUAUCGUGUUUAAUGCAUGGUACACAAAAUGACAAGUUACGUUGGGCAUUUCGCCUGUAUGAUAUUAAUGGUGAUGGUUAUGUGACUAAAGGUGAAAUGCUUAAAGUUGUCAAUGCAAUUUAUGAUUUAUUGGGAAGAAAUACAGAACCGCCAAUUAAUGAGUCGACCACAGCUAAUCAUGUAGAAAGAGUAUUUCAAAGAUUAGAUUUAAAUCAAGAUGGUGUAAUAAGUUAUGAAGAAUUUUUACAGGCGUGUACUUAUGAUCAGACUGUUUGUGAUGCCCUUGAUAAACUUACAACUAUCUUAUAAUGAUUGUGCAUUUUUGAUUACUUUCAAAUUAUAAAGAGUUAUAUAAACACUAUAUAUAUAUAUAUAUAUAUAUAUAUAUAUAUAUAUAUAUAUAUAUUGGUCACUUGAUUAAUUUACCUGUCUAUAAUUAUUUACCUUCCUUUUUAUUGAAGGUGACUGAAGGUUAUUUACUAAUUGUAUUUUCCAAAAACACUUCAUAUUGAUCAUCUUUACUUAUUGGUGAAAUAAUAAGGAUGUGAGAUUAAUAAAUUUUCUUUAAG